UUCCCAUCACUCCACACCAAACUCCCUUCUUUGGAGUCUCCGAAGAUCGAUUUCCACUGUCUUUAUUUCAGGUUCACCUAUCCUCAUAUUUUUCUCCCUAUUGAUUAUUCAAUUUCUUCUGUCAUGAGCUCUAAACACUCCCAAAAUAUCAUCUUUCACUUUCUUCCCAGCUAAAGAUCUCUCCUUUAAUUUCAUUUAAUCUGCAUUCUUUCUUUCUUCUCCAAUGGCGAGUGCAUAUGGGCUGUUCUCACCUUCUGUACCUACUAAUCUCAACAACAGAAUUUCUUCAUCUAUAACUUCAAUUGGAUCUGGGUUUUCUUCCUCUUUCGAUUUCAGCAAAAGGAUUUUCUGCUCUUCCAUGGAAGGUGCUGAGAAACAUGGUGUUGCUGCUGUUUCCCCUACUGAAUUCAGAGUUCCUAGGCUAGUAAAUAGGGGGUGCAAGCUAGUUGGCUGUGGUUCUGCUGUUCCAAAGCUGGAGAUCUCCAAUGAUGACCUCUCUAAAAUAGUUGAAACUUCAGAUGAAUGGAUAGCUACUCGAACUGGGAUACGAAAGAGACGUGUCAUUUCAGGUGACGACAGUUUGGUAGGCUUGGCUACCGAAGCAGCAAAGAAAGCUCUUCAGAUGGCCAACGUUGGCCCUGAUGAAAUUGACCUUGUUUUGAUGUGCACUUCUACUCCAGAGGACCUCUUUGGAAGUGCUCCCCAGGUGCAAAGAGCACUGGGAUGCAGCCGAAGUCCUUUGUCUUAUGAUAUUACUGCAGCUUGCAGUGGAUUCAUGCUGGGUUUGGUGUCAGCUGCUUGUCACGUAAGGGGUGGUGGAUUUCAGAAUGUACUAGUUAUAGGUGCAGAUGCUCUUUCUCGUUUUGUUGAUUGGACUGAUAGGGGGACGUGCAUACUUUUUGGUGAUGCUGCUGGAGCUGUGGUAGUACAGGCUUGCGACAGUGAAGAAGACGGCUUAUUUGCUUUUGACCUGCAUAGUGAUGGCGAUGGCUUAAGGCAUUUAAAUGCAUCCCUAACAAAUGAUGAAACGGAUGCAGCAAUUGGUAGCAAUGGUGCUGUGACAGGUUUCCCCCCAAGGCACUCAUCUUAUUCAUGUAUUAAUAUGAAUGGAAAAGAGGUCUUUCGAUUUGCUGUUCGAUGUGUGCCCCAGUCAAUUGAGGCUGCACUUCAAAAGUCUGGUCUAAGUAGUUCCAAUAUUGAUUGGUUACUAUUGCAUCAGGCAAACCAAAGGAUCAUUGAUUCUGUUGCAACACGCUUAGAGUUCCCUUCAGAACGCGUCCUAUCUAAUUUGGCGAAUUAUGGUAAUACCAGUGCGGCAUCGAUCCCCUUAGCUUUAGAUGAAGCCAUUCGGAGUGGAAAAGUGCAACCAGGACAUAUCAUUGCAGCCUCCGGUUUUGGGGCUGGUCUUACAUGGGGUUCGGCCAUUCUUAGAUGGGGAUAAAAAAUGAAAAGUUUUUGCAACAUCCAUCUUAAUUGAAUAUGAAGGGAUUGACCUGGUUUUAUUAUAGUUUUGCGUGGGGGGCUCGGAGGAAGUAUUGUUCAGUCCGUCCUUUGUCAAAGAAGCUCGCUUCCCCCCUGGUCGUCAUAGAGGAUUCAGGAGCUGAACUUCAUGCAAUUCACAGCAGCUCCAUCAGAGAGGCCCCUUCAUGUGUUGUAUCUUUCGCUUUAUCACCUGAAUAAGGUCAAUUUUUAUUUAUUUAUUGUUAUUAGGUGUAUUAUUCUCUAACUAGAAGAACAAGGACACCCUUGAGUUUGAUUUUCAUAGAUUUUUCGCUGUUGCUUAGGAGAGCUAGGAUUUUUUCAGGUGAGAUGUAAACAGCUUCACCGGGAUUGCUCUUCCCCUCUGUUUGUCCUUGUAUGUUGUUGAGCUAAUAUGUUUACUAUUCUCAUCUUUGAUUCAA